UCUUCUUAGUUGAAUCAUGGAGAAGGUUUUAGGAAUCUUGUCUCUUCUAUUUCUUCUCCUCCUCCCUGUAUUAGUUUCAGGUGAUUGUACAUGUAGCAGUGCAGACGACUCAGAAAUUAACAAAGAUGAAGCACUUAAGUACAAGAUAGGAGCCAUCGCUUCCAUUCUGUUUGGUGGUGCAGUUGGUGUAUGUAUUCCUAUUUUGGGGAAAAGAUUUUCGGCUUUAAAGCCGGAAAACGAUAUUUUCUUCAUAAUCAAAGCUUUUGCAGCCGGCGUGAUUCUUUCGACGGGGUUCAUACAUAUAUUACCAGAUGGAUUCGUUAAGUUAACAUCUCCAUGUCUCAAUCAGAACCCAUGGGGGAAUUUUCCAUUCGCAGGCUUCAUUGCAAUGUUGUCUGCAAUUGGGACAUUAAUGGUUGAUACUUUUGCUACUGCUUACUUCAACAAAUCUCACUUUAACCAGGCUAAACCAGUGGGCUCUGAUGAGGAGAAUGGAACAGAGCAUUCUGGUCAUGUUCAUGUUCAUACACAUGCCACCCAUGGUCAUUCACAUGGGUCUUCGGCGGUCGCCGCAGCCGAUGAUUCAGCAGCUUCGGAACUUAUCCGGCAUCGUGUCAUAUCGCAGGUUUUGGAGUUGGGGAUUGUGGUUCACUCUGUGAUCAUAGGGAUUUCAUUGGGUGCUUCUGAAUCUCCCAGUGUAAUAAGGCCUCUGGUUGCAGCCCUGACUUUCCACCAGUUCUUUGAGGGUAUGGGACUUGGUGGAUGCAUCACACAGGCAAAAUUCAAAACCAGAGCUGUUGUAACUAUGGCUCUUUUCUUCUCCCUUACUACACCGGUUGGGAUCGCAAUAGGUAUAGGGAUAACGAACGUUUACAAGGAGAAUAGCCCCACCGCUCUCAUCAUUGAAGGAGUUUUUAAUGCUGCUGCGGCCGGUAUUUUGAUUUACAUGUCGCUGGUCGAUUUACUCGCAGCUGAUUUCAUGAAUUCCAGAAUGCAAAGCAAUAUGAGACUUCAGAUAGGAGCUCAAAUCUCCCUUCUCUUGGGGGCUGGAUGUAUGGCUGUUUUGGCCAAAUGGGCUUGAGCUGUUAAUAGGUGGGCUUUGUGUCAAAUGCCUUUUUUUUUCUUUUUUUUCUUUU